AUGGCUGUGAAACACAACAACGCUCUCCAAAAGAACCAUUUCCGCAAGCUGACCUGGCAAGAGCGGGUCAAGGUUUACCUUGGCCAGGCUAAGGGCAAGGAAUCGAGACGGAUCGCCCGGGCCAACAAGGCCGCCAAGGUCGCCCCCGCCCCCAUCGACACCUUGAGACCGGUCGUCAGAUGCCCCACCAUCAAGUACAACCGCAAGGUGAGAGCCGGUAGAGGUUUCACCAUCGCCGAACUCAAGGCCGUCGGCUUGGCCCCCAGAUACGCCAGAACCAUCGGCAUCGCCGUCGACCACCGUCGUCAAAACAAGUCCACCGAGACCUUCGACCUCAACGUGCAAAGAUUGAAGGAAUACACCUCGAAGCUCGUCAUCUUCGACAAGAAGACCUCGAAGCUGGAAAUCGCUCAAUUCGCCCAAGCCUCGGCCGCCGCCACCUUCCCCGUGGAACAACCCGCCGUCGAAUCGGCCCCCAGAGCCGUCGAACCCCGUCAACAAUCGGCUUUCACCACUUUGAGAUUGGCUAGAUCCGACAAGAAGUACAAGGGCAUCAGAGAAAAGCGCGCCAAGGAAAAGGCCGAAGCUGAAGCCGAAAAGAAGAAGAAGUAA